AUGGCCAAACCGGAAGCCCAAGGACCGCCGCAACAUGUCCAGGAGACCCCACACAAAGCUGCUUCCGGCUCCCACGCAUACGAGGUAAUAGGUGCUGACCCGAUUGACUCGGGUCUCAGGCCCUCGCAAUCACGACGGCCACCUAGUGUCUGGAGCCAAUGGUGGGGGGAAAUCCUGAACUGCAUCCUAAUGAUAGGGACACUCUGCGCCAUCAUCGGCAUCCUCUACCCCAACCAGACAAAGCCAUUACCGGACUGGCCAUUCGACGUGUCGAUCAACACGGCCGUCUCCAUCCUGAGCACAGGCCUGAAGACCUGCGCGGUGCUGAUCCUGACCGAGGGCAUCAGCCACCUGAAAUGGAGGUGGUUCCAGAAGACCAGGCCCCUGCACGACCUGGUCGUGUUCGACAGCGCGAGCCGGGGGCCCUGGGGCUGCCUGCGGCUGCUGUUCCUCCCGCGGGGCGCCCAUUUCGUCGCGUCGCUCGGCGCGGGCCUGGUCCUCCUGACGCUGGCGGUGGACCCGUUCACGCAGCAGCUGGUCCGCUACUACGACUGCCAGCGGCCGAGCGACAGGUCGGUCGCCACGCUCCCGCGCUCGGCGCUGUACAGCGAGGCUGGGGCGCACACCAGCGCGGGCGUCUGGCCGCCCGCGACGGCCGUGCUGGGCUACAUCGACCAGGGGCUUUACAACCCUGCGGACAUCAAGACGCCGUUCACGUGUGACAGUGGCAACUGCACCUUCGACGGUCUGUAUUCGACGCUCGGCUUCUGUUCGACCUGCGAGGACAUGAGCAGCCAGCUCAGGAUUGUGAACGUGUCGGUCCCGUAUAGCUUUCUCAACAGUAGCAGCAACGAGACGGAAACUAUUGAGAGCAUAUGGGUAAACACGACGCUUCCAUCUGGCUCAUAUGCCGCGACCGGCUCCACGUCCAGCAGCGAAUCAUGGCUCUCCUUGAACCAGUCGGCAGACGGGUGGAUCGACAUCAUCCAGGCGUCAAAGGCAUUCCCCGGGGCGCCGGAGGACUGGUACUGGGACCAUUACUACGCAACCACGAUGCGGCCGACCACGAGCAUGAACGAUAAUGGGUGUACAACGGCAUACGAAAAUAACACGUGGGCAUGCAGCGGUUUCGGCGGCGCAGGGGCGGCCCGCUGCAAGAUCGACCCGUGCGUCAAGACCUACCGGGCGACCGUGGAGCAGGGACAGCUGAAGGAGACGCUGGUGAGGAGCCAGAAGGACAUGUUUGUGUCGACCUCGUCGAAUUAUCCGCACUGGCUCGCUGCGGAUGUGACGUGUGCCGGGCCUGAAGCGGUCUCCAAGCUGCGAACCGCCGGGUUCAACAUCAGCGAUGACGAUGUGAUCAUACCCUGGAAUGUGAUGGUCAACACAAGCACCGGAACAGCCUCGUUAUGGGCGCCCGACAGCGAACCCCUCUACAGCAACGCCACAGUACCUGGCCCCUUGCUUAACCAAACUAGCCUGCCUCUAGAUAUUAUUCCCGCAGAGUGUGUCUACGACAUGGAUUACCCCUCGGUGUCGUCCAUCACAGACUACCUCGAGACCUACCUCAGCGGCACCAUCAACCCCGGGGCCAACGGGGCCUCGACCGACGGGCCGCCCCAAAUACGCACCAUCUUCAACGACACAUUCGCAAGCUUCGACAGCAUCAACUACACCUUCACCAGCAUGGCGGAGGCAUCACCCUCCGAAUCCGCAAACUGGCGGGCCCUCGCCCAGCAAAAAAGAGAAGCCAUCCUCGCAGCAAUCCCCAAGGAAUGGCGCAUCCCCCAGUCCACCAUCGACAACGCCCCCGCCGACCUAACAGGCCCCUUCAUCCACCAGUUCCUCACCCCGUCCGAGAUCCAGAUCACCGAGACGCCCGCCCCGGGGAUCCUCGAAAAGACAUCCACAGGCCAGUGGACCGCCCUCAGCGUGGCAGAGGCCUUCAGCCACCGCGCGGCCCUCGCCCACCAGCUGACAUCCUGCCUGGCCGAGGCCCUCUUCGAGCCCGCCCUCGCCGACGCCCGCCGGCUCGACGCCCACUUCGCAACCCAUAAGAAGCCCGUCGGGGCCCUGCACGGCCUCCCCAUCAGCCUCAAGGACUCGGUCGACGUCGCGGGCGCGGGGACGGCCCUGGGCCUCACGAUCUGGGCAGACGGCCCGCCCGCCACCCAGGACGCGGUCAUCGCGGCGGGGCUGCGCCGCCAGGGCGCCGUGUUCCACGCCAAGACGGCCGUCCCGCAGGCUUCCUUUGCCGGCGAGACGUUCGGGGCCGUGGGCGGAGACAAGGAGUCACUGCCAUGUUCGUGGGGCUGCGGCUCCAUCCGCUGGCCAGCAUCAGGCGUAGGCGCCUACGGCCUCCGCCCCUCCACAGGCCGCCUCCCCUACGCGGGGAUAGCAAGCGUCGUCGGCGGCCUCGAGGCCCUGACCGACGUGCGCUUCGCCGUGGGGCCCAUGGCCGUCGGCGACGUGACCGCCCUGCGCACCCUCGUGCAGGCCGUCCUCGCCGACGAGCCGUGGCUGCGCGACCCGCUCGUCGCCGAGAUCCCCUGGCGCGAGGGCUCGUACGAGGCGACCAGGGCGGCUGCGCAGGCCGGCGGCGGUGAAGGGAAGCAGCAGCUCGUCGUCGGCAUCGCGCCGUCCGACGGCCUCGUCACCCCCCAGCCGCCCGUCCUCCGCGCCGUCGAGACGGUGGCAAAGGCCCUCCGGGACGCGGGCCACGUCGUGAUCCCCUUCUCCCACGGCCCAGACACCGGGGAGGCAAUCGACCUCUGGAGCAGCGCGGCCUACGCGGACCUCACCUUCGCGCACGCGCAGUUCCGCGCCUCGGGCGAGCCGGUCGACCGCCUGAUGCCGCCCGCCUUCGACCCGGACAAGCCCGAGUCCGCUCCCUUGGGGACGGGCGCGGUCCAAGACCUCAACGUGCGCGUCAGGAAGUACAGGGAGGCGUACCUGCGGCGGUGGGGGGAGACGGCGGGACACCCCGGGAACACGGCGGGGAGGCCCGUUGACGUGGUCAUCACGCCUAUUGCGCCGUAUAGCGCGGCGCGGAUCGGAAAGAUUCGGUACAUCGGCUAUCCCCUCCCCGUCGUCCUCAACGACCAGUCCGCCGCGGUGCUCCCCGUCAUCACCACGGACAAGGACAUCGAUGUCGUGCGCCCGCUCGAGGUCCCUGAGGGGAUCAGGGAGGAGUACGUCACGGCCAACAAGAAGGUUCACCAGGACUACGACCCAAACCUUUACCACGGCCUCCCGGUGAACGUGCAGGUGAUUGGGCGGCGGUUCCAGGAGGAGAAGGUGCUGGCUAUCACCGAAUACAUCGAUGGCCUGCUCAAGGGAGGCGGGGUGGAGCUCGGCGCUGCGCAUAAGCUUUGA